CAUCUUUUUUUAAAUCACGGACUGAAAUGGGUAUUAGCUUUUCCAACAGCAUCUGAAUGCAGCGUAUCACGUGACAGCAUCUGACAGCUCGGACGAGGAACACUAACAUGGCGGUGUGUAUAGCAGUGAUCGCAAAAGAGAACUACCCGCUGUACAUUCGUAGUGUGCCCACUCAAAAUGAGCUGAAGUUUCACUACACAGUGCACACCUCUCUGGAUGUGGUGGAGGAGAAGAUCUCAGCAGUGGGCAAAUCCUUGGGAGACCAGAGAGAGCUGUACCUUGGCCUGCUCUAUCCCACUGAAGACUACAAAGUAUAUGGGUAUGUAACAAACUCCAAGGUGAAAUUUGUCAUUGUUGUGGACUCAUCAAAUACAUCAUUGCGGGACAAUGAAAUAAGAAGUAUGUUCAGAAAAUUGCACAACUCUUUUACUGAUGUAAUGUGCAACCCGUUCCACAAUCCUGGGGACCCGAUUCAAUCCAAGGCCUUCGAUGGAAUUGUUUCUGGAAUGAUGGUGCAAACUGGCUGAUGUCUCUUCCACCCUUUUCUGCUGAGCCUUCACUGUACAUACUACUCCUGGUCUUUUGUUGUUUGUUUACAUGUUGCCAUGACUAUUGAAAUGCAUAACUGUAAUAAAAAUUAUUGUUGUACAUCA